GUGAUGAAGAUGGAGAACCUUCCUGUGAACAGCCUGAGCUUGGACUUUCUAACAGAGUUUCUAAUAAGCCUGGAGAAACUGGAGAACGACCGAGGCUGCAGAGGGGUCAUCCUGACGUCAGGUGCCCCCAAAAUCUUCUCAGCUGGCCUGGAUAUUAUGGAGAUGUACGGGAAGAGCACAGAGCACUAUGCAGAGUUCUGGAAAGCCGUUCAGGAGAUGUGGCUCAGGCUGUACCAAUCCAACAUGGUGACAAUAGCCGCUAUCAAUGGGUCCAGCCCGGCAGGGGGCUGUCUGAUGGCCAUGUGCUGUGACUACAGAAUCAUGGCGGAGAACCCAAAAUACAGCAUUGGACUGAAUGAAACGCAGCUGGGUAUUGUUGCACCUUUCUGGUUUAAGGAUACAAUGGUGAACACUAUUGGAAACCGAGCUACAGAGCGUUCCCUCGAGCUGGGGCUCUUGUACUCCCCGCCUGAGGCCCAUAAAAUAGGCCUUGUAGAUCAGUUAGUACCAGAGGAGAAGAUACAGAGCACGGCUGCUGCUGUGAUGUCACAGUGGUUAGCUAUUCCAGACCACGCCCGUCAGAUCACCAAGUCCAUGAUGAGGAAGCCGACUGUGGACCGUCUGCUCGCCCACCGCGAAUCUGACAUUCAGAACUUUGUCAGCUUCAUCACAAAAGACGCCAUUCAAAAGUCUCUCCACAUGUACAUGGAGAUACUAAAGCAGAGGAGAGGCUGAGGAAGCGGCCUGCCCCCACAUGGGGUCGCUGGCCUGGAAGACUGAAGAGCCAUAUGCCAACCUCUGAACACCCUGUUAUAGCUUUAGAUUUUUAAAAUGAAAUAUUUUUCAGUGUAAUCAAUCCGAUUUAUCCUGGCUGUCACCUUAGCCUCCUGUUUCUAGCCCUCUCACGCUAGUGCCUUGUCUUAUGGUGCCUAAUACUGAUGCCUUCUUCCUGAAGGGCUGCAGGAAAUGUUUGAUUGGAUGAUCCAAAUAAAUAAAUGAGUGGUCAGCCCGUUGCUACUGUGAAACAUCAUCCGCUGGCAUGGCUGGGGCCUCCAGGCGCUCAGAUAUUUGCCUUCCGAAAAGCGUGAAUGUUAAAAAUGUGAAUUGUCAA